UCGGAACCUUGAUGACUAGGCCCAGCGGAGAAGAGAUAGGAGAGCUCAACCAGCGGAGGGUUGCUAUGGCGCCGCCUCUGCGCUGCGCCGGGCCUAGCCGCCUGGCUAGAGUGUCACGCUGCCUCUGCUUCAGUGCCUCCCACCGGCUCCACAGCAAAUUGCUGAGUGAUGAAGAAAACCAGAAACUUUUUGGGAAAUGCAAUAACCCCAAUGGACAUGGACACAACUACAGAGUUGAAGUAACUGUACGUGGAGAGAUCGACCCCACUACAGGGAUGGUGAUCAACCUUUCAGAUCUUAAAGACUACAUGGAGGAAGCCAUCAUGGAGCCCCUUGACCACAAGAACCUGGACAAGGAUGUCCCCUACUUCGCUGAGGUUGUAAGUACCACUGAGAACGUUGCCGUGUUCAUCUGGGAAAACCUUCUGAAGCACCUUCCUGAGGGAACUCUUUAUAAAGUCAAAGUGUACGAAACAGACAAGAACAUUGUUGUUUACAAGGGAGAAGAGAGCACUCACAAGAAAUGAAAUGUUUCUUGAUGUGUGUUGAUCCAUUGUUGAAGGAAGAAUCCAGUCAGUCAAUCCAAUCAAUCAAUCAAUCAAUCAGAGGAUUAAUGAAUAUCUGAUAAGUGUGGCUAUCAGACAUGUAUAAUAAUAAUAAUAAAUAAUAUAUAAUUUCUUACCUGCCUCUCCCUUUGGAUCGAGGCGGGGAACAAUAUUAGUACAACAAUAUAAUAAAAAUCAAAUACAUAAAAUUAAUUAAAAGAGCAUAUAAAAGCAAUGCAAUAUCAAAAACAAAACUUAAAAUUCUUGGUUUAAAAUUCAUCUGAAGAUACUGCUUCUGCCAUGAACUCAGUCAGUGUCCCUUGGCAAGCCACCUUUUCAGCGUCACCCUUGCGAUACGGGGAGAAUCAUUUCACCCUUCUUUGUAGGGUUGUUGAAUGGACCAGUAGAUAUGUAAAGCUAACUGCUAUUUGUAGCUAAAUGGUAACUUAUUAUUAUUGUCGUGUGUUGUUUCCAUUGAGAUGUAAUUCUCCUGACCAGUAGUCAUUAAAUGUUGUUUUUGUUAAUA